CUUCCACCUAUCAUUCAGGACAAUGGAUGUGGCCAAUAAAUCUACUGUUUCUGAAUUUGUUUUGCUGGGACUCUCUGAUUCCUGGGAACUACAGAUGUUUUUCUUCGUGGUGUUUUCAUUGUUUUAUGUGGCAACAAUGGUCGGUAAUAGCCUCAUAGUCAUCACAGUCAUAGCUGACGCUCACCUACACUCUCCUAUGUAUGUCCUGCUUACCAACCUUUCCAUCAUUGAUAUGUCUCUUGCUUCCUUUGCCACCCCUAAGAUGAUUACAGACUACCUUACUGGACACAAAACCAUCUCCUUUGAUGGCUGCAUCACUCAGAUUUUUUUUCUACACCUUUUUACUGGUACAGAGAUCAUUUUACUUAUGGCUAUGUCCUUUGAUAGAUACAUUGCAAUAUGUAAGCCUCUCCGCUAUGCUUCAAUCAUAAAUCCCCAGGUAUGUGUUGCCCUCGUGGUGGCUUCCUGGGUUGUGGGAGUCAUGCAUUCAAUGAGUCAGGUCAUAUUUGCUCUCACUUUACCAUUCUGUGGUCCCAAUAAUGUAGAGAGCUUUUUCUGUGACCUUCCUGUGGUGUUCCAGUUAUCUUGUGUGGAUACUUAUGUCCUAGGCCUCUUUAUGAUCUCAACAAGUGGCAUAAUUGCCUUGUCCUGCUUUAUUCUUUUAUUUAAUUCUUAUGUUAUUGUCCUGGUUACCAUCAAGAAUCAUUCUUCAAGAGGGUCAUCUAAGGCUCUUUCUACCUGCACAGCUCAUUUCAUUGUUGUCUUCAUGUUCUUUGGGCCAUGCAUCUUCAUCUAUAUGUGGCCACUAAGCAGUUUUUUAGUAGAUAAGAUCUUGUCUGUGUUUUAUACCAUCUUUACUCCCAUUCUGAAUCCAAUAAUCUAUACAUUAAGAAACCAAGAAGUGAAGGCAGCCAUGAGAAAAUUGAAAAAUAGACUUCUAAAUUCCAACAAGGCAGCUCCUCUAAUCAGAAAUGUUCUUUACAGCAGCAAGAACAUUAUAAGAUUUCCAAAAAUGCAAAAUCAGAAACUAGAAGAUAGCAAAAGAGAAAGUAUUCUUGUCUCAGUCAAAUUGGAAACUCCAUUUGGUAGAAGUGAAUCUCUGUUCUCCACUUCUCUGUCUAUGUGA